AUGGCAGGGCACGGCGCCAGCCUGCUCCUGCUCCUCGGGAUCCUGCCAGGUUUCCUGCGGGCCGUCCGGAUCCACGGGCAGGGCCGGGAGGAGCUUUACCUGGCCCAGGGAGACUCGGUGAAGCUGGGCUGUCCCUACGUCCUGGAGCCCGAGGACAACGGCCCCCAGGGCGUGGGCAUCGAGUGGAUCCAGAUCACCCCCGAGCAGCCCGGCCCCGAGAAAGUGUUCCUGUCGUACCAGGACCACCACGUGAACUACGGCGGCGGCUCGGGGCUGCGGGACCGCGUGGCCUUCGUGCAGUCGGACCCGGGCCAGCAGGACGCGUCCAUCCGCCUCGCCGACCUGCGCGUCUCCGACACCGGCACCUACCAGUGCCGCGUCAAGAAGAACACGGUGGCCGUGCACGAGGUCAUUGUCACCGUGCAAGAGAAGCCGGCGGUCCCGCAGUGCUGGAGUGAGGGGGAGCUCAUCGAGGGGGGGUCGGUGCUGCUGCGCUGCUACAGCCGGGGGGGCACCUCCCCCCUGGCAUACCAGUGGGCAAAGCUGGCCGAGGGCUACGGGGGGGGCCGCCUGCCCUCGGGCACCAUCCAAGGCCGUGCCCCGGGUGACCUCCUGAUCCGCAGCGUGACCCAGGUCCACGCGGGCACCUACCAGUGCCGGGUCACCAACCGCGUCGGGUACUCGGUGUGCCAGCUCACCCUCAGCCCCAGGCCCCGCGGACGCCAGGCUGGCAUCAUCGUGGGCUCCAUCCUGGGCUCCCUCCUCCUCCUCAGCCUCCUGGGGCUGCUCAUCUGGGCACUGAUCGCCCGCUACCAGCGCAAGGAGUGCCAGCGGACCUGCAGCGACUGCAGGAGCACCUCCGGGGACACGGUGCCCACCCGCGCCUGCAACGUGUGUGCCCACCACGGGUACUCCCCGCACGGCAUCAGCUACCUGCAGUGCCAGCACGGCGACGGCGACGAGCGCGCGGCGGCCGCGCUGCUGUGCCAGGAGGGCAUUCGCCACCAGGUCGCCUGUCCCGGCAUCUGA